UCUCGAUUAGAACAUAUUCUGGGAUGCAUGCCUCUGGACCUGGACUUCUUAGAGUUCACUUGCACACAAGAACUUGUGUUUUUAAAUGCUGUGUCCAGUCAAGUAACUGUUUGUCCAGCUAUUUUAGAAGCUACACAGUCUCAUCAACUUGGAAAAACACAAAAGGAAGCAACACAUUGCAGUUGUGCAGUUUGAGCAAGGACCAGCUGGGCGACAGCGGAUGACCAUAUCCUCAGACUACCUUAGCAAACUUCUGGAACUUAAUUUGUCUGUUCCGUGUAUAGCUAAACUCUUGGGGGUGUCCAGACGUACAGUAUACCGACGCAUGGCUGAGUCUGAUCUCUCAGUAAAGGCACUCUACAGCCCUAUGACAGAUGAAGAGUUAGAUGAGUGUGUGAGAGAGAUUAAAUCUAGGCAGCCUAACUCUGGAUAUCGCAUGAUGAAGACCCUCCUGCAAGCCAGAGGACUGAGGGUGCAGUAUAACCGUGUCAGAGCAUCCAUGCACCGUGUUGACACAAUUGGUGUCAUAAAUCGAAUGCUCCAUGUAGGGUGUGUAGCUAGACGGACCUACUCAGUACCAGGACCCCAGUCUUUGAUGCACAUUGAUACCAACCAUAAAUUGAUUCGCUACAACAUUGUUGUCUUUGGAGGCAUUGAUGGGUUUUCUCGCAAGAUAAUGUAUCUUGGUGCAGCCUCAAACAACAUGGCCUCAACCACCCUGGCAUUCUUCCAGGAAUCUGUCGACAAAUUUGGUGUUCCUCUCAGGGUACGUGGAGAUCAAGGCGUGGAAAACGUUGACGUUGCACGCUUCAUGUUUACAGUCCGUGGCACUGGAAGGAGCAGCUUUAUAUCUGGCAAGAGUGUUCACAACCAACGGAUUGAGCGGCUGUGGAGAGACCUGUGGACAGCUGUUCAUUGCAUCUAUUAUGAUGUCCUGCACUACCUUGAAGAAGAGGGCUUCCUCACCAUCGGCAAUCAAACACACCUCUUCUGCUGCCACUUUGUUUUCCUCCCACGCCUGCAGGAUGACUUGGAUACAUUCCGGAAUUGGGACAACCAUCCGCUCAGAACAGAGAGCAACAUGACCCCCAACCAGCUGUGGGAGCUGGGUCGCAGACAUUACCCAGUUCAAGGACCAGAUAACGCAGAGGGCAUUGAUAUUCCUGACAUUGAGUGGGAAAACAGUGGACUUCUUUGUGAUGUCCACUUCAGCGUCGUCGUUCCACACACAGCAUGCCCACUGACCGAUGGACAACUGACAGCUUUAAGAGCUGCAAUUCAGCCAAGAGCUGCAUCCCAGUCCAAUGGCAGUGAGAUUUACAUUGCCGCUGUUCAGUUUUGCGAGCAAUUUCUUGAUCUCUGAAAAGAACUGAUCAGAUAGACUUAAGUUUUGAGUUAUGUGUUGAGGUUUUAAUGUUUUUGCAGACUUUCGUUCCUUUCAGUUCCAUCAGUGCACUUUAAACUCCUGCAGAUUGUUACAAGGAAUACAUUAAGCUGCCAAUCAUUUGUACGUUACCUGCAUGUAACGUAACAUGCCACAUUUUUCUAUGAACACUGAGCUUGAGAUGUUUUGAAAUACAAAGAAAUUUCAACUGUGUCUCCCAGUACAUGGUCUGAAAUAUGUGGGUUUCAGUUCUACAAAUACAAUAACUCCAUACUGUCAGAUGAAUCUGAACACUUGACUGCUAAUAAGAAAAACAUCAACAUUUUACUAAACGAUCGUAAUACAUUUCAACUAUGUAGCACUGUGAAAAUGGAAUGAGUGUAAAUCCACCUCUUAAAAACUAUUUUCAACAUCAGAUGUGUCAAACCAGAGUAAGGCAUGGUGUGAAACCUGUGGGUUUCAGUUCUACAAAAUACAACAAUUCCAUACUGUCAGAUGAAUCUGAACACUUGACAGCUAACAAGCAUAAAAACAUCUACAUUUUACUUGAACAUUCUUGUCUGGCAAGUGUAAAUACAGGCCCAGAUGUCACUCAGACAAGACCAAAUCCUGUAUGGCAAGUGCAAAUACAUGCCAGGAUGUCAUGUUUAAAAGACAUGUAGUCCUUGUAAUGCCCUGGGAUGCGCAAGGUCUCAAAGCAGGUGGAGGCUGUUAGGUAUCUUCCCUCGACGACUUCCAGAGAGAGGCUCAGUUGUAGGACCUCCCAUCCGGUCCAGAAUUUGACCAGGUUGGUCAAUUCAGUUGGUGUUGCUAUGGAGUAGAUUCAAAUGGAUGAUGAUUAGUCAUCAGGAUAAAUAGCCAACUAUGGCACUAACAGUUUACAUUGAAUAGAAGAUUAGUCAAACCCUUGAGACAAGUAAACCUACCAUUAGCUAUGAACUGUCGUAGAUACCCUGACAUGCGGCAUUUGGUUUCAACUGAACAGUCCUCAUCAUCGUUGUCAUCCUCACGAGGCCAUGUGAUGCGCUGAAGAAGUACCUGCAUUGAAAAAAUAGCAUGAGAAAGACUGAUCAUUUUUGAUUCUAUUGCAGACAGUAAUAGAUGCCGACCAGGUAUGAACCAUAAUAUUUACUAUGAAUGCAACGCUACAAGACCAGAGUAAUUCAAAUUAACCUCAGCGCUGACAUUCCCCGCCGUGUCUUUAGGAAAAAGCAAGGCCACUGUGUCAGGUCUUUGGGUCACCAGUGUCCACAUAGGGGUUUCUUUAAUACCUCGCCUCAGCUGCUUAAUUU